ACAAUUGUAUAUUUUAGGGCGUUUGUCCUUCGUCGAUCACUUGUUGUAAGCAGUACCAAAAUGGCGAAGUACUUGACCGUUGUUCUUGCAUGUCUAUCUAUGCUUGCUUCACUGGAAGCGUUCACAUAUAAAACCAAGAACGUAUUCUUCUCGACGGACGGCGAUGAACGUAAUGACGYGCGUAGCGAAGUCGACGGAACUGGCAGCGUUUCUUGGUUCGACAAGCGACAGAAAACYAUCAAUUUAUCGAAGGGAAAGUGCCAUUGUCGUAGGUCAUCGAAACUGAACCAAGGAUGCCAAUGUUGCAUUAGCGUCUCUAUCAAGACAUUACCGAAAAUGGAAGCUUGUGCAGAAUUCGAGUACGACUCUUCAGCAAAGGCUCURGACUUCACGGUCACAAUCAACCGAGAGAUGGUGUCGAGGAAAAGAAUUUCAGUYACAAUGGACACCAAGUUUUGUCAUAACUAUGAAAUCAGUUCAGACAACGCCACAGUCUGCUUGGGCCUGAGGAAGAUCUCGCUUGAGGAAGGUCACGCCGGAGCUUGCAUGUUUAUGCAAAUUGAAAGCGGUGCUACGAUUCAYUGGGAUCAAAACAUUGGAUGCAUUUACAAGAGAAACUUCUCAGCCAUUAACAUUGUAUAGAGSUGUCUUUAUCCAGUAGUCUAGUAGWAAAUAUAUACCUCACUAAAGUAAUGUUAAAUGACCGAAAUGAAUUCCGAAACUUCACUAAAUAGCUAUAUAAUUAGGCUUCCUGUGUUACAUGAUUUAAGAGAAAGACUUAUGAAACAAUUUCAUAUGUAAUAAAUAUAUUCUUAAUAUUAA